AUGGAACUGUGGUAUUCAGGUGCUGUUGUUGACGCUGUGCGUGAGGCUAAAUCACGCCGAGCUCUUUUUAUUGUUUAUGUUCGCGAUGAUAACGAGCAGUCGGAAGUCGUGGACAAACUCUGGUCGGAUGUAUGGGCAGUAAUAAAUGAUACGUCCAAUAUGAUCGUUCUACGUUUGAACAAAGGUUCAGAAGGAUGUGAUCAAUUUACAGCAAUCUACAAAGUGCAAACAUAUCCAACAAUUUAUUUUAUUAACGGUCAAAAUGGCCAAGUCUUGAAAGUGGUCGAACAAAUAGGAGAAGAUUCCAGUAAAUUGCAUGAACUUAUCGAAGAGUCAUUGAAAAUAAUCGCACCAAAACAAGAGGCAUCGCCGCAAGUAACAAAAAGCGUCGAAGAAAAAGUUGCUGAAGCUCGUGCACGUCUUAAAGAAAUUUAUGAUAAACGCGAAGAAGAAGCAAAAGCCAAAGAAAAAGAAGAUGAAAUCAAUCGUCGCCGUCUCGGACAACAAAUUCAAUUGGAUAAGCAAAAGAAAGACGAAGAACUCUUACGUAAACAAGCCGAAGAAAUACGACGCGACCGCCUUGAGCAACAGAAAUUACAAGAAAAGAUUAAAGCACAAAUUCAACAAGAUCGUGAAGAGAAACGUCGCAAGUUCGAGCAAGAACAUUCAUCACCGCCCGAACAAGCCAAAGCUAAAGUUACGACAGCCGACGUCGAAACACCAAAGAUCAACUAUACUCGUUCACGUUUACAAUUCCGUUUGACUGACGGUUCAUUUUUCACCGAGGAUUUUCCAUGUGAUGUUCACAUGAAAGAUGUUUAUGCAUAUUUGAACGAAACAUUACCAGCUGAUCAAUAUAGAGUCGGUUCCUAUAUACUGCGUACAACACAUACGCGUGUAACAUUAACAAUUGACAAUCCGAGUACAUUGAAAGAAUUAGAACUGGUUCCAACAGCUGUUCUACUCGUUAUAAAUCGCGGCAAUGUUCAUAGUUCUUCGUCUGCUGUGAGUUCAACUAAUGUUUUUCAAUCCAUUCCAUUGGUUUUUACAUGGUUCAUGAUGCAAUUCAAUUUUGUAUAUCAACUUGUUUUUGCAAAAUUAUUUGGUAAUCGUCCCCAACAGCCAGAACAAACGAGAUCAACGUCGCGAGUAACAAACGACCGCCAAGUCAAUAAAUCAGAGAAUUUCAAAACGGAUUCAACUAGUAAAUCAACCGUUCGUCGAUUUCAUAAUACACAAGAUGAUAGUGAUGAUGAAGAAAAACGCACAUGGAAUGGAAACUCGACACAACAAUUGUGA